AUGCGCCAGGUUCUCCAGAAUCCCCGACUGUACAACGCGUCAAAGACAAUGCUGCAUGGUUUGAUCAGCGUUGACUGUGCCUCGGAUCCGAAGCUCGUGAAACUCAGGAUCGGGGUAUCGAAUGUCGACUAUGUAUUCCUGUAUGACUACGUUUUCCCGGGAUACUUGGCCUACGGCAUCAUUGCCAUUACCAGUGACUAUUUCGGCCAGUUCUUUUACGUCGAAGUCCCUGCGGAAGCGAGAAGUGAAGAGCGCACGCUGGUUAAGGACAUCGAGUUCUACCGUUCCGACGACUUCAAGAUAAGUUUCUCCGGAUUGGGUCCCGUUACUCGUCUGCUCAGCACUGCUUUGUGGGCGGCCUAUCGCCUCGCUCCUCAAGUUCCUCUUCAGCUCUACAAAGCUCUGGCGAUCAGAGUCAUUCAAGCGUAUAUCGACGAGAACCCACUGCCCAUAUGA